AACACACACACACACACACACACACAUACACACACACACACGCGCGCGCGCGCAGAUGCAGAUGCAGAUGCCAUGUCGAUGCUGAGUAGGAAGAAGCUGGCGGAAGGAACGGCGCUGUCACAGUGGCAGUGCGAAGCGUGCACACUCCUGAACAACGCACAGUUGGUCAAGUGCACCUUGUGUCGCUCGCCAAGACCGGCAUCGUUCCGGCCACACCUCGUCCGUAUUCAACCACAACAACGACAGCCACAGCAGCAACAACAGCAGUCGCAGCAGGCGCAGCAGCAAGCGGCACCGCCGCCCUCGUCUGCUCCCAUCAUCUUGGAUGGUCCUGGUACAGCCGUGCCAGCAAAAGGUCAGAAGCCCACGAAUGCAUGCGGCAACAGCGGGUUCAACAAGCCAAGCACGAGCGACGUGGUCCUUGUUCUCGACAGCGAUGACGACGCUGACGAUGCUGGCAACGAUGGAGAAUCAACUGGACAUGGCGACAAUGCCAGCCCAGCAGCUGGUGGUGGCACAGCCGCACGUACAUUAAGCUCCACCAGCAAUAGCAGCAAUAGCAGCAGCAACGCGCACACCCACCGCUUUGAAGACGUUCCACUGCCCACUUACUCACAGCGUCAGGAUGCGCCGUUGGCUUCCGUCAAGGACGCCACCUCGGCGACGCACACCGCACAGGCAGCAACUUCAGCGCCACCAACAUCAUCAUCAUCAUCAUCAUCAUCAUCAUCAUCAUCAGCAGCAGCAGCAGCAGCAGCAGCAGCAGCAGCAUCAGCAGCAGCGCAGUCCCACCGCGGUGAAUCGAACACCCCCAAGCGGUCGCACACGGGCGAGUAUGCAGGCCUGUGUUCCUCCGGAGGUGCACCCGCAGCAAAGCGCAGCCGUGCGCAGACUGUGCCGCUGUCCAAGUUCCGUGGCGUGGCCUGGCCCACGGUGCAGCCUGCAGGCUGGCCAAAGCGCCUGGGCGAGUUUACAGUUGCCGCCUUCCCUUCGCGCACCCUCACCCGGCACGCGCUCACGUGCGGUGACGCUAUCACGCUCACCCGCGCCAUGGGCACCAGCAGCACAGCCCUGCGCACAGUGACCAAACCAAAGACCCGCGGCAAGGGAGCGAAACGCAAAGCUUCGCGCGCAAGCCAACAGCAGCAGCACACACAGCAACAGGGCAAGCGCGACGACAUAUCCAUUCGCUUCCAGCACGACCGGCGCGAUCUUGGGCGGCUGCCCCUGGACGUGUGCCGCUGGGCCACGCCGCUGCUUGCAAGCAACGCCAUUCGGCUCGAAGGCAAGUGCGUGUACGCCCCACGCACGCUGUCGCCGCGUGAGCCCGUGAUUAUGACGGUGACGGUGCUGGCAAACCACCGCUGGUUCUCCCGGCUGCCGCGAACAUUUGCACAGCGGUCACCCGCGCCAGAAUCCGCGAGCAGUGCCGGCAGCAGCAGCAGCAGCAAGGGUGGCGCUGGCGCUGGCGAAGUUGGUGAUGAUGCAGCAGUCAUGGUGGCAGAAGACACGCACCCAGGUGCAGGUGCGUUUGAUGAUGACGACGACGAUGUGAAGGACGCACUGCGGGUGUCGCUGCGCUCGUGCCUGGCCGCUGUCGGCCUGACCGACGCCAACGCAAGCCCCUUGGCUGGCAGCGGCGAGAAUGGUGGUAGCAGUAGUAGUGGUGGUGUUGGUGGUGGUGGCAGUGGGGAGGAAGCAGGCCGGCAAGGGGACGCAGACACACGCAGUGAUGCGGAGGACGAGGAAGGCCUGCGGGACCUGGAGUACGUGUGCGACCGCAUGGGCCAGGUUGACGCGACGCUGGAGGAGGUGGAGCCGAAGGCCGGGGCCAUGACGUGCCAGCUGCGGUCGUACCAGAAGCAGGCGCUAGGAUGGAUGAUUGAGCGGGAGGAGCUGACGCGAUCCUCUGCCAAGAGCAAAGACCAGCUGCACCCCAUGUACAAGCAGCUGGCGUUUCCGGACGGCACGCCCCUCUACUGGAGCGACAGCCUGUGUGUUCUCACCUCCGUGUUUCCGCCUGCUUCGGAGCAGUUUCGUGGCGGCAUCCUCGCAGACGCCAUGGGUCUUGGAAAGACGGUGCAAGCGCUGGCGCUGAUCAGCAGCCUGCCGCCAACCGAUUCCUUCCUCGACAUCAAGCGCGACAUGCGUGCAGUCAGCGCCACCGGCGCAGGUGGCAGGAACGGCAUCGCAGCAAGCACGAGCAAGGGCACUGGAAGCAGCAAUACCGGUUUGAAUGCAAGUGUGACAGUCAAGGUGUCUUCGGACGGGAGAAGAAGGAAGACAGUGACGACGCGAGGACACGGUGGGGCGUUGGAUUUGGACGGGUACGUGGCUGCACUGGAGGGCAGUGGCGCAAUGGACUGUGACAAUGACGAGGAUGACGAGGAUGGUAAUGAAAGCAUUGUGGACAUGGGGGAUGCGAGAGGCGGUCAUGCUUCAAGCGAUUGCAGCGGCCACCUCCACCAGCAUCAGCAACGGCAGCAGCCACGGCAGAGUUCAGGUGUGCGUGUGAAUGGCAGGGUGCCGUGUGGUGCGACGCUGAUUGUGUGCCCCAUGUCGCUGGUGUCGCAGUGGGAGGAGGAGUGCAAGCGCCACCUCACACGUGCGCGCGUGCUGCUCUACUAUGGAGCAAACCGCUCCCGAAAUCUCACGGCAGCAGCGGCUGGCGACGCAGACAUUAUCAUCACAACCUACGGCAUUGCCACGUCGGAAAGCCUUCGCGUGAUAAAUGGGCAAGCGAAGACAACUGCAUCAUCAUCAUCAUCAUCAACGUCAUCAUCAUCAUCAUCUUUACAGCAGCAGCAGCUGCCACGCCGCGGCGGUGGUGAAAGCGAUGGAAUCAAAGCCACUGCUGAUGACGAUGAUGAUGAUGAUGAUGACACGUUGACGCUGUUUUCGUUCCACUUCUGGCGCAUCAUUCUGGACGAAGCACACCUGAUCAAGAACCGCAGCACCAUCGGUGCCAAGGCGUGCUACCGGCUGAGCGCCCAGCGCCGGUGGGCAAUGACAGGAACACCAAUCCAGAAUCACUUGGAAGAUGUGUUUUCGCUGCUGAAGUUUCUUCACCUCGAGCCGUGGUGCUCAUGGGGCGUUUGGAGAGAGCACAUUCAAAGCAUUUUCAGCGAGGACGAGGAUCGAGCCGUGGAGCGAUUGCAGAUGGUCCUUCAGCCGAUUCUUCUCCGCCGGACGAAGACAACAAAGGACAGACACGGCCGUCCCAUCCUCUCGCUCCCAUCCAGCAACUCAACCGUCCGCGAACUCUCAAUGUCCCCCGCUGAACGCGAAUUCUACGAGGCCAUCCUAAUGCGUUCAAAGAAGAAAUUCAGGGAAUUUGAAGCCACGGGCAAGGUGUUCUCGAACUACACGAACAUCCUCGAGCUGCUGCUUCGCCUCCGCCAGGCCUGCGACCACCCGCUCCUUACUCUUCGCGACGCCCCAGCAGACAAACAGCGCCCAACAGCAGGUGUUGCUGCGCGGACCUUCAGCGACAUUGAGGCGCUGCUUGACGCGUACCUCGCCACCGACGAACCAACAGCCACCUCCACUGCCAACGCCCUGCUCCAUGAUGACGACGAUGACGAUGACAAUGGCGGUCACCGUGAUGGUGGCUCCGUGGCCAAGGGUGGUGUAUCCAAGCAAGCGGCCGAUGCGGUAUCGAAUGGGACAAUACUGCCAGCACGCAAGAGCACUUCGCCGCCUCUGGUGCGUGGUACAGCAGCACCAGCAACGGCCACAACGACGCCCAUCGCCUACGAGCAGCCGUCGACGUCAUCAUCAUCAUCAUCAGCAACAGCAGCAGCGAUGACAGCGUCACGGAAGCUGGAGUACGCGAGCAACAAGCGCAAGGAACUUACCGCGCUGCUGCAAACAGGUGCUGGGAGCAAGGCGCCGGAUGCCUCCAGCGAGUGCUGCAUCUGCUUGGACACAAUCGACUCCCCCGUUGUCACGCCCUGCCUCCACGUCGGCUGUGCCUCCUGCCUUCGUGAUGUCGUCGCCAGGUUUGGGCAGUGUCCCGUUUGCCGGAAGGCUGUGCGUGUGGAUGAGCUUGCCAGCAUCGCACACGGCACGCACAGCAGCAUGAGCAGUGGUGGCAGUGGUCGUGGUCGCCAAGACAACUCCUCAACAGCACACGCACCACCCACAACCGGCAUUGCCAGUGUUGUUCAUUCCUCAGACCCUUCGGAGCCCUUCAAGUAUUCGACGAAGAUUCGUGCGCUUCUCUCUGAAAUCAAAGCCAUGCGCCAGGAGGAUGAAAGCAACAAGUGUAUUGUGUUUUCGCAAUGGACAUCCAUGCUGGACUUGAUCCAGCGGGCGGUUGAGUCGGGCGGGUACACGACGGCGCGGCUGGACGGCAGCAUGUCGCAACAGGAGCGUUCCCGCGCCCUCGCCACCUUCAAAUCAGACCCGACGUGCACGGUGUUUCUGAUCACGCUUCGGUCUGGCGGCGUUGGCCUGAACCUGACGGCGGCAUCGCACGUCAUGCUCAUGGAUCCAUGGUGGAACCCUUCAGUGGAGGAGCAAGCGAUUGACCGCGUACACCGGAUUGGCCAGGACAAGCCCGUCUGCGUCAAGCGCUUCAUCAUGCUGGGAACAGUGGAGGAAAGGAUUCGUGUGCUGCAGGCGAAAAAGUGCCAGCUUGUGCAAAGCGCGCUCGCCUCGUCAUCGUCCAUCACAGGCACAGCAACAAGCGGUGGUGGCGAAAUGGACGCGAAACGGCGGGAGCGCCUCAAUGACCUGCGGCUUCUGUUCGGGUUUUGAUGGUGCAGCGCAAGCCAUGAUAAUGGCGCGACCUUUCAUCGUCCGAUCUGUCGCGCCGCUUGGGUUUGCUUGGGCUUUUUCGUGCGUGUGUGUGUGUGUGUGUGUCGCCACCAUUUUCAAAGCCCCGCGUGCACAUGGGACGAAACCGCACGCACACAGCACGUGCAAUCAAGUACAGAAGCAAGCACUCGCACGCGCUGAUUUCCUGUCAUGGUCGCAUUCAAACUGUUGGCGGCACCGGACAUUUGGUGCGAAUCCCCAUAGUUGUGCGAAGAUAUAAACAACAUUCCGA